AUGGCCACCGGAAAAACCUCGUCACGACUGCAGAGUCCGGGCGACCGCAAUUUCAAGAGUGUUGUGCUAGGAGAUCUUUUGUUCAAGCCUUGGUACCAGUCCAUCUACCCGGAGGAUCUGGUUGCCAAAGACGCCGAGUGCCUCCACGUUUGUCGGUGGUGUUUCCGGUAUUCCUGUGACCGAGUCACCUUUGCAGAGCACACUCGAGAAUGUGUGCAUCGGAAAACACCGCCGGGCACGAAAAUAUAUGAUCAUGGCGGAUACGCAGUGUGGGAAAUCGAUGGGGAGGAACACAAGCUCUUUGGCCAGAAUCUAUCGCUCUUCGCUAAGUUGUUUCUUGACCACAAGACUGUUUUCUUCGAUGUUGCGACCUUCCUAUAUUAUAUCCUCACAUUUACCGACCCGGACAACCCGGACAACUACCAUAUUCUUGGCUUCUUCUCGAAGGAGAAGCUAUCCUGGGAUGCGAACAAUCUUGCCUGCAUUUGUGUCUUCCCACCAUACCAGCACAGGCAGCUGGGAAAGCUGUUGAUGGGGGUGAGCUAUAAGCUCAGCGGCUGGGAUUCCCCCGGUGGAUAUAUUGGUGGACCAGAGAAACCUCUCAGUGACCUGGGGCAAAAAAGUUACAAUCGCUUCUGGGCUGAGCGGAUUGCGAGGUAUCUGCUAUGCGGUAAACGUGGCGGCGGCAAUAAUGAGGCCGAGAACGCAAAGCCUAGCACUUUCUCCACAGCCUCCAAAAAGAGAGCUCCACGAGAGACCAUGACUGUCGAAGAACUUGGCCUGGCUACCGGCAUGCUGACAGAAGAUGUAAUAACCGCCGUCAAGUUCAUGGGUGUCGUCCAGCCAGAGACACCAAGGAAGCGCAAAACGCCUCGUUUAAGCGGAGAUGAUGCGCCAGCCCAGGGUCCGACGAUGCUCAUCCGGAAAGAGGAUGUCUGGAAAUGGGCUAAGGCUCAUCACCUGUCAUUGGAGGACCCGGUGAGGGAGGAUGGGUUUAUUCUCCCAUCUCCCCUUGUCUCUGAUGCCAGCCAGAGUGCCUCCGAGGAGGAAUAG